UUUGUAAAAAAAAAAAAAAAAAAAAAAUCAUCUCCUCCCCUCCGGCACGGUGGCCUCGGCGCCGUCGCCGGUGGCUCUCUCUUAACCCUUCCUCUUUUCUUCUUUGCUUUCCCCUCGCUCUACGUCCUGCAGCUGAUAUGUCGAAGCCCUAGGGAGCUCUGCCGGAAGCUGGCUCUCUGGAUCUGGAGCUCGGUGACAGAUCUAGUCUAUGGUGGCCUUCCCCGGUGUCAAGAUGAGGCAGCAAGGCGUUUUGGUAAGGGGAGAGUCGGAUUUUGGGUGGUGAGUACCGAUGAGCGUUUUUCCCAGAUCUGUCUUGCUUCAUCGGUUACUUCCGCGAGUUGGUGGCGCGUGGGCUUUGGAAGAGUCUCACUCGACUCGGAUCUGUCCUUUCGUCGGUGUGGAGAGGCGGUUGUCUCCGUUAGUUUGUCGCCUUGGUGUCUCGGCUUUGGACUCGGUCUCAACCCCUUUCAAGAUGUGCCUCGGAGGUCCUCGACUUCUAGACGUGCAGCGGUGGUCUCUUCUCUGGCGGUGUCAGAUGCAAGUUUCCUCGAUGGCGCGUGAAGACCUUUGGCUCUCUUGACGCGUGGAGUUGUCUAUGCUCAGGCGUCGGAGAUCCGGUGGUGUUCCUCGGUCUUUGUCUCCUCCAGCCUUCGGUUUAAACAGCAGAGAGCCCUUCUCGGAACUGUGCACCUUCUGUUUUGGGUUUCUCGAGCCGGUUCUUCUUUGUAUCUGCAACUCCGUCCUGUCACCGGUUGUUGCUUCAGCCUAGCCUUUUGAUUCAUCCUCUAGUUUUUAGAGGUGAUGCGUGUGAGAUGGUUGGACCUUCAGGUGGUCUCUGCAGGUUCAUUUUCCUCUCCGUGACGGCACGUUUGGUCUCCGGCUAUCCCAGUGCCUUGUGGGUCUUUGAUCUUCUCGGCAAGUUGGAGUCCAUCAAUGGCUUGCAGGUGCUCGUCUCAGCGUGUUUUUAGCCAGCCACAUCUCAGCCCGUUUUACGGCUUCUUUUGGCCGAAGCGUCUCUGUUUCGGUUCUAGAAAGCCUUCAGGUUAUCUCUUCACUCCCCCUAUCUAUAAAUCAAGUUCAAGUCUCGGGUUAGUGUGUCGAAUACGACCUCUCCGUAUCUCCGUACUGGUCAGGGUCUGCCAAGAGAGACGGACUUGUUGAGGAUGGCGGUUCCCCUUAAUUAGUUGGUCUGUUUCGAUUUCCAUUUUUUGAUAGUCGGUAAGAGAAAGAGAGUGUCGUGUGGAUCGAGCAGCUGUGUGUCGGCGCUGGUUUGAGAGAAAGUAUCUUUGCAGUGGUCGUCUAAAUUUCGAUUUGGUCGGCGUCGUUGGCCGCGGACUUCUGGUGAUGACGGGAACCGGUAACGGAUCCCCGAACCUUAGGUUUUUUCCCUCCCGCUGUAUUUAUGCUGUUCUCUCCUUGUGUAAUAGUGAUAAGCCUAAUCUAUUUGUGAGAUUUACUGUUUAUUCGACGACUAGCCGGAGGUCUUGUUCCGGUUCCCGUUUUUCGGGUUGAUAUUUUAAUCUAAUAUAUAUAUUUAAAAAAAAAAAAAAAAAAAAAAAAAAAAAAAAAAAAACUGUGUUUUGUAAUAUUUUUGUAAUUUGUAAUAAAUUAAUAAAUAAUGUCAAAAUUACAAAAAAGGAAAAUUUAAGAGAAUCUAAUUUUGGGCCAAGUCUAAUAAAGCCCAAAUAUGGUAACACACGUGUGUUGCUGUAUCUCGCCUUCGUCUUCUCCACCUCGACUACUGCCACAUAGCUAUCUCUCCGUCUCUGAUUCAACUUGAAUCGGUGCAAGCAGAAACACGUAGUAGGCUAAGUUCUCAGGCGAAUUGAGCUGCCUUUGGUUCGAUACAGAAAGUAUGAAACUUGAUUGAAGCUAUGAAUGCGAAUCACAACCUCUGGACGGAUGGUCUUAUCUGCGCUUUCGAGUUUCAUCAAGGUCGUCGUCGCAAGACAACCAAGUUCGACACGAGAAGCGCUCUUCACCGAGGAGAUGAUGCCCUUUACAGUGUUGUUUGUUCUUGUUGUGAUAGCAAGAAACAAGAAUGUAAAGGAGAAGAAGAAGAGCACUCGAGGAGUUACUGGCGAGCAAUUGGUUGGGACAGGCUCUCUGAGCUUGUUCAGACAGUGAAGGUUGAUGGUGAGUGGUCAGUGCAGAACGUUGAUGUAGAUCAUGAGGAUGAUGAUACAACGGUUGCUGAGCUGGCUGCUCCUUACUGGGACCGACCACUCGCGGGUCCCACGUGGUGGUGCCACGUGGAUGCUAGCCAUCAAGGUGUCGCCUCGUGGCUGCGUUACGCGCAGUGGUUGCAUCCGGCUGUUAGCGUGGCUCUAAGGGACGAGAGCAAGUUGAUCAGUGAACGGAUGAAACAUAUCUUCUACGAGGUUCCUGUAAGAGUUGCUGGUGGGCUGUUGUUUGAGCUGUUGGGGCAAUCAGCUGGUGAUCCUUUUAUAGAAGAAGAUGACAUUCCCAUUGUCUUGAGGUCAUGGCAGUCACAGAAUUUUGUAGUGACUGCGUUACAUGUUAAGGGGUUUGCUUCGAACAUUAGUGUGUUAGGUAUUACAGAAGUGCAGGAAAUGCUAAUUGCUGGUGGAGCCUGCAUUCCAAGAACCGUACAUGAACUUAUAGCACAUCUUGCAUGCCGCCUUGCUCGCUGGGAUGAUAGGCUUUUUAGGAAGUAUAUAUUUGGUGCAGCAGACGAAGUUGAGUUGAUGUUUAUGAACAAGAGAAUGUACGAGGAUCUAAAUCUUUUUACUAUAAUCCUGAAUCAAGAAAUCAGAAGGCUUUCCAACCAGGUUAUACGGGUGAAAUGGUCGCUUCAUGCAAGAGAAGAGAUUGUGUUCGAGCUGCUUCAGCAACUAAAAGGCAACACAGCAAAAGACUUGCUUGAAGGAAUAAGAAAGAGCACACGCGAUAUGAUCAAUGAACAAGAAGCAGUCCGUGGCCGCUUAUUCACUAUCCAAGACGUCAUGCAAAACACCGUUCGAGCUUGGUUACAGGAUCGAAGCCUGACGGUUACACACAACCUAGGAAUCUUUGGAGGAGUUGGUCUUUUGCUGACAAUAGUGACCGGUCUAUUUGGGAUAAACGUAGAUGGCAUACCAGGAGCUGCAGAUUCUCCACAAGCCUUUGCGCUUUUCUCAGCCAUUCUUUUCUUCUCAGGUUUUGUUCUAGUGGUCGGGGCUUUACUCUACCUUGGACUCAAGGAGCCAGAGGCAGAAGAGAACGUGGAGAUUAGAAAACAAGAGCUUGAUGAAAUGGUCAAGAAGUUUCAAAGAGAAGCUGAGUCUCAUGCUCAGGUCUUUCAGAAAGUUCCUCAGAAUAUAGAACGCACGGCUAGUAGUACUAGUAGUAGAAUGUUAGUCCAUGAUCCCAACGGUUACGUUCUCAUGGAAUGAAAAUCAAAUAAAGGUUUGGUUCUCUUAUUGGUGUUUGAAAUCAAAUAAAGAAUGUUAAUACCUUUGAUAUUAGUCAAGAAGAAACAAAAGUGAAAGAACCAUAAUAUAUAUAUAGAAACCUUUGAUAUUGGUUA